GUUAUCUUUGUCAGGAUCUAACAUCUUCUGACAGCUCCGGGUAACGGAACUUGAUGCAGCCAUCCCGGUCACACGUCCCUUUGGGAUCUACAUAAAGGCCGGACGACAUCCCUCCUCUAGAGGGCCAAGGAGAGAUACACUCACCAGCCCUGAACCCACACAGUUACAAGCCAGAUCUCCAGAGCUUCUCUCACUUCACUUAACCAACCAACCGACCACACCAACAAUGCUCCGCCCCACCGUUCUCGCCCUCGCAGCCGCAGUCGCAGCCGCCCUCUCCGGCACGGCCUCCGCGCAGGCCAACAAGCUGUUCACGGGCCAGGGCUACAUCCGGGUGCUGAACAGCAGCACGGUCGACGCGGCGGUGCCGUCGGCGGCCGUCGGCUGCCUCGACGCCACAGGGGCGGCGACGGCGUCGGACUGCGCCGUCUUCACCAGGGUGGACGAGUACCCGCGCGUCGUGCGCAGCCCGCUGGGCAACUGCAGCUUCUCCGACGAGGACAUGCCCGUCAACAGCGACAGCGUCUACGGGCGGAGGAACCAUGCCUGGUCGUGCCGGGCUGGGAGCCCUGCGAGGGAUGUUGACCAGUUUGCUUCGAUUGAUGGGCUUGACUACCCUCUUAUCUGUAACAUGGCGGUCAAUUGCUUCUACGACAUAGAGAGAGCCCCCGAGGGGGAUGACAGGCUGCCCGUGUGGCAGUUUGUCUGGGGCAGCAUGGAGAUGGGCGUCCCGCCGGGACACCUGAAGACGGCUUGGUUGUGGGAGCCAAUUCAAGAAUCGGCGUAG